AUGUCUGAGGAGUUUCUGAGCCCAAACCCGCUGGUUGAGAUAAAGGAGGCAUACAGCAAGAAGAAAGUGUUUUCAAGACACCAUUCGGAUAAGUACAAGAGAAUAAAGCCAUCGUGGAGAAAGCCGCAUGGGAUUGACAGCAAAGUCAGGCUGAAAAUGAAGGGGCAGAAGGAAAUGCCUAACAUUAAGUAUAAGAAGCCUGAGGAGGUUCGCUUUCUUCUUCCAAACGGGCUCAGAAAGGUCAGAAUAUUCAAUAUCAAUGACCUUACACCGUUGACAUCGCUGAACAGAUUCUAUUGCGGAGAGAUCGCGCAUGGAGUUGGUGCAAAGAAGAGGAUUGCGAUUGUCAACAAGGCAAAGGAGCUUGGAAUAUGCAUAAUCAAUGCAAAUGCACGUCUUGUGCCGGAGUUUGAGGAAUAA